UUGAAACAGAUUGAAGCGCUCCACGGGUUGCAAUGGCAACGGGACCGACAGGACGGCCGCAAAAACUUUUCUCCUGUUUGUAAUGUCACAGAGGCACCAUAAGUCGCUGAAGAAACUACUUUCUGAUGUGAGACGUAAACACCAGCCCGAAAAUGUCCCAGGGAUGUGUAGUUUCUGUGGAAGAGAUCCAGUGUUGGUGGGAAGUCCCCGCCAUAGCCCACUUCUGCUCGCUGUUCAGGACGGCGUUCAACCUCCCGGACUUUGAAAUAGAGGAGCUGGAGAAAGCCCUGUCAGAGCAGGACUUGGACUUCCUGGGGGACCUCAUUGCUUGCCUAUUGCAGGGAUGUUACCAGCGCACCGACAUCACCCCCCAGGCGUUCAGCAGUUACCUUGAUGACAUCAUCAGCUACCGGUGGGAGCUGGAAGAGGGGAAGCCCAAUCCACUUCGAGAGGGGCCCUUUGAGAAUCUCCCACCUCGCACUCAGGUGGAGCUGCUGCACAGACUUUGUGACUACCGCCUGGAUGCUGCCGACGUCUUUGACCUGCUGAAGGGCUUGGAUGCAGAUAGCCUGAGGGUGGAACCCCUGGGGCAAGAUGGAAAUGGGGCCCUCUACUGGUACUUCUAUGGUACUCGUAUGUACAAAGAGGAGCCGGUCAAGAGGAAAGCAGAGAAGCUCAGUGAAACAGCUGAGCUAACAUUACCGGAGAAAAAGAAGAGGGGGAGACCACCAAAGAAGAGAAAGUUAGAGGACCCUCAGCUAAGUGAGGUGGAAAGUGAAGUAUCAGAAGUGCCGACAGAAAAUGGCCUGGAGGAUCUUCCCCCGAGCACAGCAGGCCGAAAGCGAGGCGCUUGGUCCCUGGUGUGUGAUACAGAGGAACAGUGGGUCAGUCUGGCAGAAAGCAUCAAGGACAAAACCUCUCCACAGGACCGCCACCUGUACCGAGUCAUCAGCCAGAACUUCCUGCCUGAGAUCAGCAGCAUGAUUGAGCACAAGGAGCGGGAGCAGAAACAGAAGUUACUCGACCCGACCCCAGUUCGCACGUCUCAGCGCUUCUCUGAAAAUCACAUCAAACAUGAGGAAGAGGACAAUCCCAAGUCCGUGACAGAUGAGGACAAGAGGAAGGACGAAGAGCUGGACAGACAGGUCCUGCUGGCCGAGCAGCGGCGAGAAGAAGAACGGCUUCUGCAGGAGGAACGGCAUCGAGAGAAGAUGGAGAAGAUCAAAGCUGUGGAGGAGCGAGCAAAGAGGCGAAAGAUGCGAGAGGAAAAGGCCUGGCUGUUGUCUCAAGGAAAAGACCUGCCGCCUGAACUCCUGAAUCUAGAGCCGUCUUCUCCCGUCCACAGAACACGCAAGAAUAAAGAAUUCUAUGAAAUAGACGACGACUACACCGCUCUGUACAAAGUGCUGGAAGCCUUGAAAGCCCAUAAAGAUGCCUGGCCUUUCUUAGAGCCGGUUGAUGAGUCCUAUGCCCCCAAUUACCACGAGAUCAUCCAGACCCCCAUGGACCUGUCCACCAUUGAGAAGAAGCUCAAUGACGGCGAGUACAUUGCAAAGGAAGAGUUUUGUUCCGACGUGAAGCUCAUGUUUGAAAAUUGCAUGGAAUACAACGGAGAAGACAGCGAGUACACCAUCAUGGCGGAGUCUCUAGAACGGUGUUUUAGCCGGGCAAUACUGAAACACUUCCCUUCAGAGGACGGCGACACAGACGAGGAGUUCCACAUCAGCCGAGAGGACAAGGAGCGCAAGGACAAAAAGCGUAACCGUGGCAGCAAACAUGUAGGACCUGGGAGUUUGAUCAGAGCCACCGAACAAGUCCAACGUAAGCGAAGCUCUCUAGGAGGCAAAGGCAGCGCACCCCCAGAGGAAGACGACGGCAAGAUGACGAGACCACCGCUCCCCCCUCACUGGGCUAAGGGCCCCCCUCACCCCCAUAUGAAUCUACAGCACCACCUCCAUGAACGAGACGUCAGAGGGCUGUACCACCCAGGGCAACAGCUCCGUCAUCCGGCUGGUCCUCCCGGCCCUCAUGGUCCACACAUGUACACCCAGAGAAUGGCCAUGGAUCCCCGCUUCGCCUACCCAGUGCACAUUUCCAGACACGGAGACCCCAACUUGAACCACUUGCCUCACAACUUCAACUUGCAGCAUAACAUGGGCCCCAGGUAUCCAAUGGAUCCUAACCAGCAGCAGCCUCCCCAGCAGCACCCCUACGUUGGUCCGACUCACGGCCCCUCUUUGGGCCCGCGUCCCAUGGGCCUCCAGCCUGGACCUCCUCCUGAAGCCAGCAUGUACCCGUCCCACCACCGUCCAGAGGGCCACACCAUGCAUCCCAUGGGCAACAGAUUUGCAGGACCAGAGGGGCCACCUCAGCACAACUACCCGGGCAUGAGGCCUCCUGGUAUGGGCCUAUCCAGCAUGUGGACCGGGAUGAACCACCAGGGUCAGGAGAGGCAUAACGGCAUGCGCAUGCAGGAUCCCAACAUGGUGAACCAACGUGGCUUUAGCUACGGUGGAAUCCCCCCUCCAGUGAACCAUAAACCAUGGCCGGAAGCUGCUGGAUACCCCCACCAUCCCUCUAAUGCGCAGUAUCAAAUGUCUGCAGCAGCCAGCUCCCAGGGGCCCAUGUCCUUACGGCCCCCUGUGCCCCACCCGGACUCCUCGGGCAGGGCACGCUUGGCUUCCAUGCUGGAAAGCCCGGAGAUGCUGGCCCUGCAGCAGCUGUCAGCCUCUUCUGGACCCCCUGCUGGUCAGCACAUAGGCAACUUUAGGCAGCCGGGGCCCCCAUCAGGAGUUGGCAGCAUCCCAGCUCACCCCUCUCAACAGCCUCCCCCUGCCCCGGAGGUUCAGCUGCUGCGUCCUGCCAGAGACAAAGGCCCAGACAGCCAGCCUUCGCCACAGACAGACUCGCACCCCAAAGGCAUACCUUCAGAGAACAAAAUGGCUGCCAGCAACAUCUCUGAAGCCAAGACACACAAAAACAUUUUUCCAUUUAACCAAGAGCGCCCUAGCCUGCCCGGACCUUACAGUGGGCCAGAAGAUAGGAUGCAAAGUCCACCGAACCCGGGAAGACCACAGGAGAAUCCUUCUGGACCGGAGAGCCACAAGCAGGAAGUCGAUCUCCAGCGACGUUCUGCCGGCCGCUGUCCUCCUCAGCAGAACAUGGCUGCUGCUGUUUCAUCUAACCCCACCUCCACUGACCCCAGUCUGCACAAACCAAACAGUCCACAACAGAAUGCUCCGAGUCCCACACUUCCUCCCCCAAAUGCAUCACCUCUGCAUGUCGCCGCAUCUCAGAGUUCCACUCAGCAAAUAUCAGAGAGCAGCUUAAAACAAAUGCAGACAGCUCAGAGUGAACACCAGCAGAACACCCACAAACAGGAGCACCCUCAUUCUGGUGGCACCCCCCCUCAAAGCCUCCCACAGAGCUCCCCCCGACCGGUGACCCAGAACACGCAACAACACGCCUCCCUGCUCCCUCCUCAUCAUGCCCCCCCAAACAUCUCACCACAAUGCCCCACACAGAGCAGCCCGGUGCACGGGACGCCACACGGUGCCACUCAAGGAUCUCAGUCUGGACCCCCCCAGCCGGCCCCUCUCACCUCUCUGCCACCCAGUCAUCCUGCCCCUCUGUUACCCUCCCAGCCGAGUCCAGCAGACCAUGGAGAUCAGAGACCCAGUGAGCCAACCAGUAGACCAGACUCUGAAGCCACCGCCGUCUCUCCGCAGCACACUGUGGUGACAUCUGGGCAGCCGAAUAUUAUCUAUAAACAUCAGGCUUUUAGCCCCAAUCACCAUCAAACGCAGCUCGUGGGUAAUAAUCUUGGCAUGCAGCCUCAAAGAGGGCCAGCACAAGGUCACAGCCCAGCCGUGCCCCCUCACUCCCAGGGCCAGGUGAAUGGAGCAAUGGGUCCGUACGGCAUGGGAAACCCCCCACAUCCACACUACAACCAGACAAACACGAGCAGGCCCAUGCCUCCAUCUGCCCACCACCCAUAUCACAACCAAGGCAUGAACGCCCUCCACAGUGCUGCCCCCCACCCCAACUACCACCAGCAGGGAGGGAGCUACUCCUACCACAUCCCCGGCCAGCAGCACCCUCAAGUUCACGGUAACAUGUACCCGCCUCAUCAGUACCAGCAGCAGAGCUACUACCCCCAGCCCCAUCCUCAAGCACAGGUCCACAACCAGGCCAACGGUAGAGGCUCUUACCCCCCAGAGGAGUGGCAUCGAUCUCAUUACCAGCCUCAGCAGCCAAUGCCACCCAACGCUUACCUCCCUGUAGCCGGCGCCAGAGCCAACGGUCCAUCCAAGGACAGCAGCGUGUCGCCUCUGGGCUCUGAAGGCUCUAGUGGGACUGGUCUGGUGUCUCCUGGACCUGCCCAUGACGUAGGACCACAUCCUGGAGGCUCUGAGGAGGGGAAGCGUGAGAGCAGAGAGCAGGCUGGAGGAGGAAGCCCAGCGAAGCCAGCUCACAGCGAGAGCACCGAGCAGCCUGAAAGUCCUAAAGAGAUCCUCGACCUGGACAGUCACAACGCUGCCGCCCGCCGUAGGAGCACUCAGACACACAUGACGUCGGGUUUCAUGUAUGACCCUCGAGCGCUGCACCCAGGGAUGCAGCAGGGCGGCACUCCUCCACCACAUAUGAUGCCUCAGGGCCGUGGAACCGGACCCCCUUAUCCCGGCCAGGCGUACCCAGAUCCGGGACGCUACGCCGCCCAGAGACCUCACCCACACCUGAUGGAGGCGCUGCAGAGGCCCCAGCAGCUGCCGUUCUCCCCGGGUCAGACACGCAUGGCCAUGUACAGACACCCUCGGCCUGGAGGACACUUCCAGGGCAUGAUGAUCCAGCAGAGGAGCCUUCCACCAGAACGUUUCCUACACCCAGGUCAGCAGAUGAUGACUGCUCCAGGCGGUCCUGGAAGUAAACCGGGAUUGUGACCCCCCCCAUCUGAUCAAAACGUCAUCUAUUAACGCCCAGACCGAACAGCGAGCCAAACCGGAGGACUCUGACCGGGACACGUCGUCCACAAACAUCUCUCGCUGAUGUUUUUACGCUGCACUAAACCUUUGCUCACCAGUGGAUUUGAAGAUCCAACUAGGCAGCUGGUUUUUAACACAAUAAUUAAACUGUGAAAUAUUAUUGAGCCCUGGAGAACAAUCCUCCUCUCAGUGGCUGAAGAACUGCUCCGUGUGAUCCACCGACUCACUCAAGGACACUUCAGCUGAGCGUCUGAUCCUGCAGCAGGAGGGAACCUUUUAACCACUAAGUCAACCUGCCAAACACAGGAGACGAUGCCUUCAAGAACACUGGACAGCCCUCUGCCACGUGAACAGUCUGAUGGAGAGGAGAGGGACUGUGUUUUAUUGUUUGUUUGUUUUUACUAUUUCCUAUUCCAACCAUAUCUUUAAACUCAGGUGUAGAAAAGGAGGUACUAUGAGGCCGUCAGCCCGACCCAGUCGACUCUCAGACCCCCUGCAGUUGCCUUGGUUUCCAUUGUGAAUGUAUGAGUGAAUGUGUAGACGAUAGAAACUGCAACGGGACAAACACUGAUCAUCCGUCCAGCCCAACACACAAUAUAUGCAUCUUUAAAGCUGCCUUCAUGUAUAAGAAUGUCUGACCAGCAGAGAGGGAUCGGCAGGACGGUGCUGUGAGCGUCUCUGCCUGAUUCUCUGUGUGCACUAAGGGUUUUGUUGGUCUAGACUGAGUGGCCUUGGAUAGUCUUAUUUUAGUCGUUGCCUGUGGACGCAUAUAUGUAUUUAAAAGAAGUCUAUAUAUUAAUUACAACCUUUCACCGCAGAGACUUACCUCAGACGAGGAUAAUCGAAACACAUGAAGUCCUCCUGUUGGUUUUUAGAGUGUGACGUUCGUUGCAUUCCACCCACAAGUUCUGUAGCUUUAGUUCUGGGUUCCUUACGUUUGAAUGGUUGCUUCUUUGAGUGCUUCCUCCUAAAGGUUUCCUCAGGGUGUACAGUUUCUAUAUACGGGUAUUGUUCUGAAUGAUUUGAAGAAGAAGCAGCAUAAAGGAAACGGCAGAUUUCUCCACCUCAUGAAGAAUCUUUAAGGGUCUGUGUUCAUCUGGAUCAGCACCGCCAGCCUGUUCUUGGUUUUUGGAUCUAAUUUGUUUUUGUACAUUCCUGUUCAUUUGAUGCCAUCCCAGUUAACCGCCGUGGCUCACUUCAUCUUUUCUUUGUAUUUUCUCACAACUGCUGUGACCUGUGGAGGUUUCGUCUUCUUGUCUGUGAGCCCGCUGGCGCAGUUCAGCGACGGCAAAAAAAUAAAAAAUGAAUCUACCUCACCGAGCCAGUCUGUGGCGUCUACAGAUUCCAACCACUUCCUGUCCCGCUCUGCCGGACUCCUGCUGGUCGAACUCAUGGCCUUACCAGACUUUACCACCUUUAGUUUCAGAUUUCUGUACCCAGAUGUGAUUAUUCAGCCGUCGGUUCAACAUUUACUGCUGGAGCUGAAGUCGUACUUUCAUUCUCUGUCUCUCUUUUUUUAAAUGUCUGUGAAGUAUGAUGGACGAUGUUGCGUCUUAUUUCUGACAUGAGACUCUUUAGGUUGUACGAUCACUUCCUGCCUGUUAUGUUCAGUUUGGCAGCAUUACUCUGUCCUUAGUUUGAGCUACUUCAGGUGUCGUAAUGGGAUAUUUGAGAACAGAAGAUGGAAUAGGAAAACUAGAAGCUGUGAGACGGUUCUGUAAAUGUGUCACACAGGACUUAUGGAUGAAAUGCUGUUGUGUUCAAACAGGAAAUCGUCUGGAUGUGUUUAGUGAAGCUGAUGGAGCCACUGAGGAGGUAGAGUUGAUCUGCCUUCUCUGUGUGAAGGACAGCGCUGUUUUAAAGGUCUGUGAGGUUGUGAUGAUGUCGUGUGUGUGUGUUUCUGGUGUGUAGAGUCGGCACCAGGCGUUUGGAAGUUGUGCGUUCAGCUCUCACUCUUACUCUGCUGUCAUCUCUGCACUAGUGAAAACCAUUUAGGUGUGAUUAAAUGUGAAUCAUAUUUAUUUGCUCUUCUGAGAAUUUUUGUACAUUUUUGGACUUGUUUUAAUAUAAAUGUGGUGUUUGUUUCCUUUUCUCUCAAUGUUGAUUUUUGAUGUUUUUAAGCGGUUGUCUUUUACCUCAGUAGCAUGGUGACAUCAGAAAAAAAAAGACCUGUCCUUUUCAUUUUUAAGUGACGUUUACAAGUUCUUAUCUGACUGACAUAGAAUAUUUUGGAAAUGGAAUGGAUUAUUUUCUAUACUGUACAUUUCUUAGAAAUAAAUAACUUUUCUCAAACAGUA